AUGAUGGGCUACGAGCAAAUGAAUCAGAUGACAAUGACGACAACCGCGAUGAUGAAGAAUUUCAAUACGAUGGGACCAAUCAAUACUCCACAUAAGAAAAAUACGCGGAGAAGUGUGUCGGCUAUUGAUGGCGGAGCUGCCGCGGCAGCUGCAGCGGCUAGAGAAGGAGAUCGCUGCAGGAAUCUCAAGACUCUCGAUCUCAGCGGCAUGUCCUUGGCUUCUCUCUCGGCCUCUUCUAUCAACUUAGCUUCAAUCUCUAAACUAGAUCUCUCCAAUAACAAUAUUCAGAAAAUUCCGGAAUCUCUAGUAGCGAGGAUGUUAAAUUUGUUGGCAUUGGAUUUACACUCCAAUCAACUCAAAACUCUUCCCAACUCCAUCGGAUGUCUUUCCAAGCUUAAGUUUCUUAAUGUCGCCGGAAACUAUCUCCAAUUUCUCCCCAAAACUAUCGAAGAUUGCAGAUCGCUGGAAGAGCUGAACGCAAACUUCAACGAGCUGACGAGGCUCCCAGACGCGAUAGGGUUCGAGCUAACGAAUCUUACGAAGCUCUCCGUCAACUCGAACAAGCUCAUCCUCUUGCCAAACUCGGUUAGCCACUUGACGUCGCUGCGUGUGCUCGACGCGCGGCUUAACCGCCUUGGAUCGCUCCCUGAGGAUCUAGAGAACCUUGUGAACCUUCAGGUGCUUAACGUUAGCCAGAACUUCCAGCAUUUGACGGCGUUACCUUACUCUGUUGGGCUGUUGAUAUCUCUCGUGGAGCUUGAUGUUAGCUAUAACGGAAUCACGGUUUUGCCAGACUCUCUCGGCUGUCUCCGCCGGAUUCAGAAGCUCUCCGUCGAGGGUAAUCCCCUUGUCUCCCCGCCUUUUGAAGUGGUGGAACAGGGUUUGGAAGCAGUGAAGCAGUACAUGAGCGAAAAGAUGACCGAGUCUUAUAAGAAAACUCCGAACAAGAAAAAGUCGUGGGGGAUUGGUAAGAUCGUCAAGUACAAGACCUUUAACGGCCUGAGUUCUUCUCCGGCGAGGAGAACCGCCGGUGACCGCCGUGAAGGCGAGAGGGAAGGUUUCAUCAACGUUUCCGAUUACCGCCAAAUCGAUGGAAUCGCCUCCCCACGACAUGUGUCUCUCUUCAAUCCGCGACGCCUUUUGUCUCCAUUCUCCGCGUACUUCUCUCCUCCUAGGUAUUAG